AUGUGUCUCUACUGUGCGGCCGGUGAAUUUCUCGUGACGCAAUCUGAAAAAGUGCAUCGCACCACAUAUGAGUCUAAAUGGUACAUCACUGAGCCACAAGUAGCAAAAGAUUUGACAUUGAUCAUGCUGCGUGCGAACAAACCACUCCAUAUCACAGCAGGGAAAACAUUUCCCUUGACAAUGGCCACAUUUUGCAGCUUAUUAAAAACAUCGGCAGGCUAUAUCUCCGUCUUACUUGCCAAUCGAGAUUAA